AGUGGACUACGCUUAGCUCAAAUCACAAAAAUUCCCCAAUUGAAGUGGAAAAAAUCAGUUCAUAAUUUUUUUCAUUUAUUGAUUAAGAUUAGAUACAUUAAAUACUAAACUUAAUUGUAAUAUUUUGGAAGUUCAUGUAUUCAUCACUGUCUUGGAACGAACGUAGUUACACUUCAUAUAAAUGACCAUUUUUCCACCAGUCAUCGGCUGCUGAAAUGAUUGCUGUGCUUAUCGUAGACAUAGAAACGGUGACAAUCCGCACAUUUAUUGCGUUGCUUCAUAUUUCACGUCACUCGCAUGUUUGAUUCAUAUCACUUGUUAAACAGCUCUUAUUAUAACCGGAUUUCACCAACAAUAUUAUGAUAAAAAAAGAGGAAGCCGCAAAAGAUCCGAUAAAAGUGAAGAUCUACGAUUUUCAACUCUGUUAUUAUCAGUCAUUCGUUUGUGACUUGACAAUCUUCCUAUUCAUGAGUGUUUGUUGCGAUAUUUUGAAAGAACAAUUUAAAUCAUUUAUCAACUUUUAUCAUUCCGAGUUUUUGAUGACUUUGCAGCUCGUGAACUGUCCAUUGGAAGAUUACACGUACGAAAAGAUGUGGUUUGAGAUCCAAGAUAAAGCGAAAAGAGAGCUAAUGCGUGUGCUGUUUGUGGUCAAGAAUAGUGUAUCGGAUGAAAAUUCAACAUUGGAUAAAAUAUCACAAGACGCGUUCUUCAGAAAAGAUGGCCGAACCAAAUCAUUUGCACGUCGAUGGAAGUGCAUCCUUGAGAUAUUCACAGAGAAUGGACUGAUUUAAACUGGAUUUUUCUAAAUAACUGAUUGAUGUACACGAAAAUGGCUCUAUGAAUUUGAAUCAAUGCAAAAUUUUACUUUUUCUUUUCUUCUUUUUUCAAAUGAUUGAUAUGGUAUUUCUAUUGACUAGAUCGAGAGGAGAGUAAGUUCAUCUGACUUUGUUAUGAAAGAGAAGAGUAAGUUGCUUUCGACUCAAAAAUGGUUAAAGGCGAGUAUGUUCAUUUUUGGCGGGUCCUCGUGGUUUUCCACGGUUUCUGCGGAACUGCUAAGAGAUAACAACUUGGUGUCUUCGGCAAAGUUGUAGCACUCGAGGUCUUCUAUAACAUUGCUGAAGUCAAAUAUCCCUUAUCACUUAUCAGUUCCGCGAAAAGCGCGAAAAAUGAUAAGAAAAAAAAAGUUCUAUAUAAAAUUUGCUUUUUUAUGUGCGCGCAACUGAUAAGAGAUAAGAGAUAGAUGUCUUCAGCAAUGUUAUAGAAAACCUCGAGUACUACAACUUUGCCGAAGACACCAUGUUGUUAUCUUUUAUCAGUUCCGCGAAAACCGUGAAAAACCGCGGAGGCUAGACGGGAUGCUAACAUACUUCCUUUUAACGCAGAUAGAAUCAACAGAAAUCAUAAUCUCCUCUUUCAAAAUAUAUUAGAAUUUUUUCACAUACUCUCCU